AUGACGGAGCUCGGCGGCGGAGAUGAACCCGUUCUGGUCCUUGUCGAAGACCCGGAAGGCCUCCUUCAGCUCCUCCUCCGAGUCGGUGUCCUUCAUCUUCCUCGCCAUCAGAUUCAAAAACUCUGGAAAGUCGAUCGUCCCGUUCCCGUCUGCAUCCACCUCGUUGAUCAUGUCCUGGAGCUCCGCCUCCGUCGGGUUCUGCCCCAGGGACCUCAUCACCGUCCCCAGCUCCUUGGUGGUGAUACAGCCUGCAAGACAAUUGCUCAUAGGUCAACAACAGCCAAGAGCGUUGACCUCAAAUUUUAAUCACAAUCCCAGCGAUAUUUGGAUCAGAGCAGUCGGUCAGCUUCAAAGAACACGAAAAGAAAAGAAGAAGAAGAAAAAGAAAGAUGAGGGCAAUUAUUCAAGGCUUCGAAGCAAUCUGGAUAUAAUCUGUGCAUAUCCCUAGUUACGUUGGUGGUUGACCGGGUUUAUCAAAAUCAACCGUAACACUUGGGGUUUGGGAUCGAUGCAGCUCAUAUUGAAAAUAAAAUCAGAUAAAAGUCACAGUCUAAAGUGAAACAUACGGAAUUAAUUCUGGUCUGACUGUUUUCAGAUCUAAGGGAUGCUUCGAGUAAGAGGGCAUGUUGGAUUAUACUACCUAGAUGGACACACGGGAUCAUUAGCAGAUUAGGGAAUGGAAAGAACCAGCUUCCUGACGCAGUGACUAUUCACUGUUUCGACCAAAAACGAAAAAAGGGCAUUUGAGUUGACUCUCCCAUUAUUUUCUGAAUCAGAACUUGCACUGAUAUAAUGGAUUCGUAUUCGUUUCACAGGAUUUUGACGUGGGUUUCCUUAACCCGAAUAUGCAGCGAAAGUAGAUCUCAAUGGGGUGGAUCGGUGUACAAAGAUCUUUAUUUUGGGAAAACACUGGUAAUAGCCAUACACUAGAGGGGAUGAAUUCUUCAGGAGAUCAGUGCUAUGCCAUAAUUGACAUAUGUGUCCAUUACAACAUUAUAUCUGUUCCGUCCUUGAGGCAUUAGGUCAUGUCACAGGCAAGAAGAAAUUCUCUAUUCAUAGAAAAAAUGCAAUUUAUUGGUCAGUCGAAACAUUCAAUCAUGCAUUAACAACCCUAUAAAUUGUUAACGUACGGAUCAACAUGGGUAGAAGAAUCUAAAAGCCUUCAGCAGCCGUGAGGUAGGGUACUGGCCCGUAUUCUUCUUCAACAAACAUAGAAACAUCAGGAAACAAUACGUUUUUUCUCCCAGCCAUUCCCCAAGAGCUCCCCUUAUAACUUGCCAAACUUGAAAGAACUAGUCAGCUCCACCCUGUAAAACCAAACUUUCUGUCUCGUAGCUACUCUAACAUUUUUCUGACCUUCUCAAAAUUAACCUGACAACGCAGGGCACGACAUUAUAAAAGAAAAGGAUAUCAAUACAUAACGGUUCCACUAAAUAUCGGAAAUAUUUCCGAUGGAUCCAAUCGCCGCAAAUGAAUGUCCCACAAGAGUCAGAAUAAAACCCUGUCGAUGGCUGAUUUAUCCAAACAGUUGAUGAAAAGGACAGAUACUACAAUACUACGGACUCACGAUUGUACACGAAGAAACAUCCACCCUCAAAACCUUUAA